CAAAAUUAUUAAUGGAAACUUAAAGAUGCCAAAGGCAGUUUAUAGGGAGAAUAAACGAUUGCAGUUUACCUGUAAUGCAGGAUAUACAUUCAGUGAAAGAUCUGAUGCAUAGUGUAGUAACUCUGGAUGACAUCCAAAACCAUUUUGUGAAGGAAGAAAUUGUAGUCGGCCACCAAUUCUUGAGAAUGGAGACAUAACUACUUUCUUGGAAAAAGAAUACACAUCUGGCUCCUUUGUAGAAUUCAAAUGUCAAAAAUUUUAUGCAAUGGAAGGACAGAAUAGAUCUUUUUGUGACAAUGGAAAAUGGACGAAGGCACCAGUUUGUUUAGAGCCAUGUACUAUCUCAGUGGAAGAAAUGGAAAAUCACACAAUAGUGCUGAAUGAGAGAGCCAAUGAGAACACACUACAAGGGGUGUUUCUAAAACGUGGUGAUUCUCUUGAGUUUCGCUGCAAACCAGGAUAUGUACUUGUAACUACUUCAUCUGAAUCUACUUUUACGGUGCAAUGCAAUGAAAAUCCAAUCAUCUAUCCAGAAUGCAGAGCACCAUGUAACAUUACAAAACAGCAGCUGGAGGCCAAAAAUCUGCUUCUGUCCAAUGGCCAAAGACACACACAUUUGAUUCAGAGUGAGCACACAGUGGAAUUUAUGUGCAGUAAAGGAUACACCCUCAUAACCCCUUCAAUCAGGAUGUGUGUUAAUGGGCACCUGGAUUUGCCUUCAUGCAUCUCUGAAACAGGAAGAACUUGUAGUCGGCCACCAAUUAUUGAGAAUGGAGACAUAACUACUUUCUUGGAAAAACAAUACACAUCUGGCUCCUUCGUAGAAUUCAAAUGUCAAAAAUUUUAUGCAAUGGAAGGACAGAAUAUAUCUUUUUGUGACAAUGGAAAAUGGACAAAGGCACCAAUUUGUUUAGAGCCAUGUGUUAUCUCAGUGAAAGAAAUGGAAAACCACACGGUAGAGCUGAAUGAGAGAGCCAAUGAGAACAUACCGCAAUGGGUGUAUCUAAAACGUGGUGAUUUUCUUGAGCUUCGCUGCCAGUCAGGAUAUUCACUUGCAACUAAUUCAUCUGAAUCUACUUUUAUGGUGCAGUGCAAUGAAAAUCCGAUUGUCUAUCCAGAAUGCAGAGAAAUUGUAUGUGACCUCCCCGGAGUGGUUAACGGUAGAUUCAGACCUCAAAGGAACAUGUAUAGGGAUGGUGAUGUCAUUAUAAUCAUUUGUAAUCAUGGAUUUCACAGUCAUGUGGGGUGCAAUAUAGCUGAAUGCACAAAGAAUGGCUGGAUUCCUCCACCAAGAUGUAGCAGUACUUAAGAUAAAUGAAAAUAAGAAGCCUCAAACAGAUAUUUUAAAACAACAUCUGGAGACCAUUAAGGUGAUUUCUAAUAUAUACACACUAUCUCCUGUUUUUCAUCAUAAUGUGUGCUUGGAUUCAUCUUUAUCAGUUCAUAUGCUUGUUUAUGUCUAUGAUCAAAAUAUACACUACAAAAACAAAUUUGAAGCAACAUCAAUCAGAAAAAUAGCUUUUUGUAAUUGUAAGGGCCUAAAUCUUCACCUAACACUCAAACCAAACCAAUACCUCUUCUUAAGUUUAAAAUGAAACCAUUUCCUCUGCACUGUCUGGGUUUCUCUCUUGACUGACAGAAACAGCAACAUUUCCCACUUGGUCAAAACCAGAAACCAUCAGACAUUUGAUCUUAUGACAUUUGUAAGUCAAAAAGUUUAGUUCAAGAAAAUAGUUUUAGUUGUGUCAUCCAUUGCUAUUGACCACUGAUUGCUGUGUAAAGAAAAUCCAUUGUUCCCUGUGUUAAAUAAAGUGAAAGAAAUCUUAACGUUUUAUGAAUAGGUGGCAGCUAUGAAGUGAAUGUGCUUUGUGAAGAAAUCCUCUAUUCUUUACUCCCCUUUUGAAAGUCAAUUAGUGCAUGUCUACACAGCAGGUCUGAAGCCGAAAUAAGCUAUGUCAAUUGAGUAGCUUAAGUCAAAAUCGCUUAUUUCGGCUUUUUUGCGCUGUCUACAGAGUAAGAAGUCCAAGUUUGAGCACUCUGCCUCUGACUUCCCUUACUUCUCGUAAAAGGAGGGCUACAGGAGUUGGAGUAAGAAGUCUUUCAGCCCAACAUUAUUUCAAAAUCAUGUUGAAAUAAUUGCUUGCAGUGUAGACACGGAAAAUGUUAUUUCAGAAUAACAUGAGUUAUUCCAAAAUAAUGCUGCAGUGUAGAUAUAGCCCUAGAAAUUAAAUCAGUUCUGUCACUGAGGUGAAUUCCCUGGAACCACCAGGUGGGAACAGAAAAUGUGUGAUCGCUGAUACUUUGGUCAAAGUGCAGGUAAAUUGUGUAUAUAUCUCAAAUAGGCCACAGAACAUGGAAACAUACAUUCUGCAAAAAUCAGAAUAGAUAUAUGCUUUAUUCUAGUCAUUAAACUUCCCAUGUACAUCUACUGCCAUAUUCUCUCACAGAGUAUCCUCCUGUGAGGAAUCAUCCUGUCCCCCUUGCUGCAGAUGCUCUCAUCCUUCUACAUCUUUCUAUUCUCAGUGCAUACAUGUGAAAGUAUUCACUAGGGAAACUAUCACAGUACUUCUGUGUUUCCUAGGUUAUGUAUUAUGGAAAUCUUACCCUGGAUAUUGUAUUCCUUUAAUUUUUGUACCUAUUUGUAUUGUUUUCUGUUCAUUUGCUGAAAUAAAUACAUAUUUUGAACCCAUUGCUUUAGAUU